UAUUGCAGUAAUUACAAGUUGAAGAAUCAUUAAUUUUAUUCAUCAUUUAUUAUCAUUUUUUUUUUUACUUUCAUUUUUAAUGUAUAUUUUAUUUAGUUUAUUCGUUAAUGAAGAAAGUCAGUUGAAUGUCAUCUAAGUGUUGGGCGGCAUUUUCAUCAUCAUUUCACUAUGUUAAAAAAUUGCUUAUAAUCCUUAUAUUUUUAUGUAACGUUUUGCUUUAAAUAUUUAGUUGUCAUACGAACAAUUAUUGUUGCUCAUCACAUUCAUGUAAUUAAACUAAUGGAUUAUUGGUGUACAAUUAUUUAAAAUAUAACAGUCAUUGGCCUUUUGAUGACAUCCUGUUAAAAUAUGCUUCUAACAUUAUACUAUAUGGCUGCCACUUUGUUUCAGUCAUACCGACUGGCUAAUUUAAAGGCAAAUUUAAAAAAAUUCAUUCUGAACAGUAGAUCAAUAGUAAUGUAUAAAGAAAAAGACUUUACUGAUAUAGACAAUGAAAACCUAGGUACUUGUUAUAGUAAAAUUUUUAAGUUAUUUAGACCUCGUGGUAUUUCUUCUGAUAGCUGUAAAUAUUCUCAAUUUGCUCAACUUGAUCAAAUUGUCUCAAUUAUGGGUCAUAAAAGAUCAUGUUCUAUAUUUCCUGAGCAAAUUUUAAAUUUAGAUACUUGGAUUCAAAUACCUAGUUAUAAAGUAGCAUUUCCAGUUUUGUUAAAUACUCACUCUUCCUUAAAAUUGGAUGUAGAUUCUAUAAUACAUUUAUUAAUUGAAGCUAAUUACCAAAUAUUCAAUCAACGACAAAAUGUGGUGCAAUAUUGUACAAUUGAAAACUACGGUAAUCUUAAAGCUUGGUAUGCAAGAGAAAACUUCAGUUUAUUAAUGGAAACUGAUUUAAAUCAUUUAGCUAUGCUUAGUAAAAUAUUUAUGGACAAUUCAUACCCAAUAUUUUUAGGAAAUAACAUGGAACUUUAUAGAAUACAAACUGUAAAAGUUGAAGGUCAAGCAUGUGCCAUUGAUAAUCAUGAAUUUAUCACAUCAACUAUUAAUUUUGCUUAUUGCUUAGAAGAUCCAGGAGAUAAAGUCACCCCUAUUACAGCUAUUCAAUGGAAAAUAUUUUGUGAUGCACUUUGUGGUGUGUCACAGACUGCAGCUAAAGUUUCUAUUUCUGGAAAACCUACACAUUAUGGUUCAGUGAUUAUUUCCAAAGAUGUUGAAUCUUUAAUAAAUGUUGAUGACCAUCAUAUUGUUAAAAGUAAAUCUGAUAAUGUGUAUAGUGAAUUUGUUGAAACUAAAUGCUCAAAAAACGUUACUAGCAUUCAUAAUACUUCCAAAGAUAAUAUUCAAUAUGUACGAUUUUGUAACAACUAUGAAACAGAUGUACAUCAAAAUGAAAUGAUAAAUUUUAAUGAUAUCAAUUGCAAUUCAUCAUGUUCUAGUUCUAGUGAAUCAUUAGAUUUAAAAAAAUCAAUUCUAUGUCCUAUUUCCAAUAACAUAAAAAGUUUAUCUAAUGGAAUUAAACCUAUAAAAAGUAGCCCUGAUGUAUUUGGAAUUCUCAAGAGAGGAAACUAUAAUUCAGUUUCUUUAAUAAGAAACAAUAAGUCAUUCUCAGAUUUCACUAACCAUCCUGAAUCAAGAACACGGUGUCAUACGCCAGUACAGCAUAGAGGAGAAAUAAAAACUGGCAAACCUCCUAAUAUAAUUAUUUUUAGUGAUAGUGCUUCUAGCGCACAACAAAUUUCAAACUCUUUAGAAGCUAUUUUGCAUAGAUACAGGUAUACAAUAUAUAUCUUAAGUUUAGAAAAAAUGCUUCAAUCUCCAUGGAGUACUCAAGCUACCAUGGUUGUUAUAUAUGGUUCUGUACCAGAAAAACUUUAUGCACUACUUGAAAAAUACCUAUUAAUUGAAGGUGGUAGAAUUCUCAGUAUUUGUUCUGAUUUUCUUGGAACUUUACUUCCAAGUGCCUUUAGUAUGGCAGAAGUUCGAUCUGAUGACUUAGUUAGUUUUACAUAUCGUCCAUUAUCAAUUCGAAUCUCGCUCUUACAUCACUUUUUAUGCUAUCAACCAAGUACAUCUUACAACACUCAAUUUUCAACAGAAACUAAUGAAAAAAAAACAAAUGAUUUUGAUUUUGUGGAUGUUUAUGAUUCAAAUAAUAAACAUUAUUCAAUAAAUGUAGAAGUUUUAGCAGCUGAAGAUACUUGGGAAACACCCAGUCUCAUUUUAGCUACAGUACCUUCAGGAGGAAGAAUUAUUUUUUCUCAAGUUCAUUUAGAAAUUGAUUUUCAACACAAUAAUGAUAAUUCUUCUUUAAACAGUGAGAGAAAUUUAUUACUUAAAGAUUUAUUAAGCACUUAUCUUGGUUUAGAUUGUAGUGUACCGCCAUCAGAACAAGAACCUAAUCAUACUCCAGCCUAUUUAUUAGGCUAUGAUAGUGAUAAAUAUGAAUUUUUACAAUCUUUAAAAGGCAAAGGAAUUGAAAACAAUGUCUUACUUUUAAAAGACCUACAAGUACAGUUUUGUAAAAGCAAUGAGAUUUCUAUUCAUGUUGGUGAAAAUUCAAUGCCUAUUAUUUAUGAUGAUAUACCAAAAAGUUUCAAUGAAAUUGCGUAUUUUAAAAAUCUACAAACAGAAUAUUUAGGACGUAUAGUAAUAUUUGGAGAUGUCAUGUCAACUUCGAUGAGACUUUUACAUGACCCAAUACUAAAACAUGGUCUUGUAGUUAUCCCUAAACAACAAAUAACUGGAAUUGGAAGAGGUGGUAACAAAUGGUUGAGUCCCUAUGGUUGUGCGAUGUUUUCUAUACAACUUCAUAUUCCAUUUAACUCAAAACUCGGUCAAAGGCUAGCAUUAUUACAACAUGUUGUAGCAUUAUCAGUUGUAUCAGCUAUAUGUUCAUUACCUGGUGGUUAUGAUGAACUUGACUUAGGAUUAAAGUGGCCUAAUGAUAUCUAUGCUGGAGGAAAUGCAAAAAUUGGAGGAUUAGUUAUCAGUAGUUCUGCAGUGGGAAAUAAUGCAAUUUGUUCUAUUGGAUGUGGAGUCAAUUUAAAUAAUAGUCUACCAACAACAUGCAUAAAUGAUGUAAUUGAAGAAUACAAUGUCACAAAUAAUAAUAAACUGGCACCAUUGUCUUAUGAGCAGUAUUUUGGAGUUGUAUUUAGUGAGUUAGAAAGAUUGUUAAAUCAAGUAGAAAAUGGUAAUGUGGAUAUAAUAUUUGACCUUUAUUAUAAGUACUGGCUUCAUAGCAAUACUGAAGUUACAGUUUUACGUCCCAACAAAACAUCAUUUAAAGCUUUAGUUAUAGGGCUUGACGAUCAUGGCUUUCUUAGAGUUCGAUCUGAAGAUGGAGAGAUUGUAGAUGUAAGACCUGAUGGAAAUUCUUUUGACAUGUUUGCUGGUCUUAUAGCCCCAAAAUAAUUUUUUUACUAUAAAUGUUUAAAGUUAUAUUAUGUAUGAUUAAAAAUUUUUAUUACAAGAAUUUUUCUAAUGGUUGGAAGUUUGUAAAAAUGACUUAAUAGAGAUUAAUAAUAUUAUGUAUGCUUAUUUAUGUAAUUAUUAAGAUUGAAACAUUUAAAAAAAUAAUAGUUGUAUUAUUUGCACUAUAUUAUACUGUUUUGAUGACUGAGUUAUUAUUAUAAACUGUUAUAAUUCAUCAACUAGUUAAAUUAUCAUAAAACUUAUACAUUCCAUCUAAUAUUUUCUACUUAUGCUAAAUUUUUGUGCUUAAGUUUAGUAUUAAUAUUUUGUUACUAUUUUUUUUAGUGAAAUUUUAUUAUAUUUUUUGUUAUAUUGUAAUAAAACAGUUUUAAUAUAAAUUAUUUACUUAAAAUAUUUUUCAGUCAAUUUUUUUAUAAAUAAUUAAGUAUAUGUUUACCCCAAUUAGAGUAUUGUUAUUUCUUAUAAUGUCUAUUUUAAGAAUAAAGUAUUAUAAAUGAGAUAGAAACCUGAUUUGUGAAUACCAUUAAAUCAGUUCAAUGAUUUUAUGUAUAAAAUAUAUUAUAGAUGAAGCAGUAAUGCAUUAGAAAUCAUUAAUUAUAAGUUUUUUCUAAUGCUAUAUGUUGUGUAUUAUUAAUUUAUUGUACUUAAUAUAGUAUAAAUAAUUGCAUUAUUAUUGUUAUUUAUAUUGAAAUUGUUAUUUUAAAAAGUAAAGUUUAGCUGUUAUAUUAUUUUGUUUUUUGUAAAAUACAUUGUUGUUAUCACAUAAAUUA